AUGUCUGGAUCACCCAAAACCACCAUAGACCCCAGUGGUUCGUACAUCUCCAACAUCAUCUCCAAGAAUGGAAGAAACGAGGUUCAGAUCUAUGCCGUGAACGGCAAGUCCGGUCUCACGGGAGACUCCUCCAUCACCAGAAUCGAGCUCCAGGCCGAAGAAAGCAUCAUUGACUCGGUAUGGGUCCAUAUCGAAGCAUCGCCAGAAGAAACCCCUAAAAAGAGAUCCAAGAGGAAACAGUCAGGCGAAGAAGUAGCAUCCACCAUCGCACCCACCACCACCUUGGCAGUGUUAUUGGUGCAAGGUGACAUCUUAAUAUUCACUCCACACACCGACAAGCCCACCCACAGAAUUUCCAACACCACCAAGUUGGCAGGCUUGAUAAGCCACCAGGGCUCCAUCUGGGCGUACUCGUCCGAAGGGGUGGUUUAUUCCAUUUCUACCGAGCAGAACCGUAUCAACAAGGUCUCCACAUUUUCCGAUGGCAAGCAAACCAUCUCCUCUGCACAGGCAAUUAAAUUCAACGGAACUGGUGCAAACAAGAACACAGUCCCUGUGCUAUUCGGGACUUCAGAACUCCACUUAGUCGACAUUUCUAAAACCAAGAAGAACAAAAUCUUGACCCUCCCAAAGCACAACGACUCGCCAGUCAAAUUCAUAAGACAGUCCACUUUGAACAGUGAAAAGAUCUAUGUAUCCAAGGGCACCCAAAUUAUUUCCUACGACCUCAAAAAUACCGAAGAGGUCAGUUCAUUCAGCUGUUCCACCUCAUCUACCAUCCUCAACUUACAAGUCAUUUCCGAGGGCCAACAGGAAGUUGUUAUGGCAUUGACUACUGAGGGUAUUCAGGUAUUCAACAUUGAUGCCGACUCCACUCAAACCGACGAAACCCCAUCCAGUCUCAUUAUCACCACAUUCCACGAAAACAGUAUUUUAUUCACAAAUGUCGUCUACACCGUCAGCUCCGAGCUCGUGGGUAUAUGGUUUAACGCAAACGAGCCCAAGUUCACCAUCAUUGAUUGGAAAUUCAAGUCCAUUGGAGAGAUCCAGGUCCCUGUUGACUAUCUGGUUCCCUCUGUGAGAGAUGCCAAGGAAGAAGGUAUUUUAAGCAUUCCAGAAGAGGUACAGAUCAACAAUUUGGAGUCAGGCGAGCUCUACGAUGCAUUGGUGGAAUUAAUUGGUGCCAAGGACGAACAGAAGAUCAUUCAGUUGUGUUCGACUAACAACAACGAAGGAGAUAUCAAGGAAACGAUAAAAUCGUUGUCUAGCGAACACAACUCCAACGUGUUGCUUAACUAUUUGUUUGCAGUGAUCAGCAAGGAAAUUGGUCUCUGUCCAUCUAGGAAGUCAUCGUUGUCUGUAUGGUUGAAGUGGAUUCUUUUAAUCCACGGUGGUGCUAUUGGCAGAGAGCCCGAACAGCACGAAAACUUGAAGUCUCUUCACACAGGAUUGACUAAUGGCAUGAAGUUGAUGCCACAUUUGUUGGCAUUGCAAGGAAGAUUACAAUUGCUUAAGUCUCAAGCUCAAUUGAGAAAGAACAUAGCUGAUGGGGUCCAAGACAUGGACGAAGAUAGCGAGAUCGAAAACGAGACCCAGAUUCAAUUGGAUCGCGAGGACCAGGAGAAGGACUUGAUCUACGUCAAUGGUGAGAACGAUGAAGACGAGGAAGAGGAAGAGGAAGGUGAAGUUUUGAAGUUUGAGGGCGAUGAGGAAGACGAUGAGGAAUAG